GUGACAGACUGAACUGUGGUUGAUCGUGUCCUUCCGGACCCGUCGAGCGUUAUUUGGCAGUGGCACAGUAAAACUACCGAUCUUGUUGAAGAUUGAGAAGCAUUGAAAGGCGUGUAGCUUUAUUUAUGUGCAGCGCGGCUGUUCGUAAGAGCGUUGCCCAGUGAAUGCAGACUGCGCUGUUGAUAGGUCGCUGGUAACAUUAUCUCAUUUUCUCUACCGUCACCGUAAUGCCGCUGCGUCCUCCGCGCGGCUCCGGCGAGCCGCCGCCGUACCGGCGCCAGUCGAGCGCCUCAGCCGCUGAUGACGAAGGUCUGGUGAGCGCCGUGCUGAGCCGCAGUCGGCUGCAGACGCUGAAGCUGCUGCAGGACGGCGCCGACCCCAACUGUUGCGUGCCGGUGCCGAUGGGGGAGGAGGAGGAGCCACAGCUGCGGUCGGCCCGCCCGGACGGCGGCCCGGAGAGCGGCUCGGCGCGCCGGCCGCUGCCGCUGCUCGGCGAGGAACGCGUCCUGCAGCAGGCCGUCCGGGACGGCUCCGAGCCCCUGGUGCGCAUCCUCCUAGAGCACGGCGCGGACGUGAACGCGGCCAACGCGGCCGGCAGCACGGCGCUGCACACGGCGGCGGCCGGCGCCAGCAGCGACGGCGUGCUGCGCGCGCUGCUCGCCGCGCCCGGGGUGCAGCUGGAGGCGCGCGACCGGCUCGGCUGCACGCCCCUGCACCUGGCGGCGGCUGACGGCGCCGCCGGCCGCGUCCGUCUCCUGCUGGAGGCCGGCGCUAGCGUGGCGGCUCGGAACGGCGCCGGCUUCACGCCGCUGGUGGACAUCGUGCGCCGCUGCCCCGAGUGUCUGGAGGCGGCCUUCGACCGGUGUCUGGAGCUGCGCGAGCCCGGCGGACCGACCGACCGGCGCGUCGUGUUCGACUAUAGCGUGUUCGACCCUCGCCUGCUCGACCCGCCGCCGGACGAGGCCCCGCUGUCGGCGCGCGCCGCUCCCCAGGUGGAGACCCUCCUACUGAACAGCGUACAGGACCGGCGAGCACAGAAGCAGCUGUACCUGCACCCACUCUGCCAGACGUUCCUCAACCUCAAAUGGGGCAUCGUGUGGCCGUUCUACGUCCUCCACACGGCCAUGUUUGCGCUCUUCGUCGCCUGCUUCAACGUGUUCGUCGUGGUCGUCAUCAAGAGACCUGACUUUGACCUCACACCGACCGACGCAUCCUCUCCAACUUCAGCCCCAACCGUCUCGCCAACCUCCGCAACCCCGAUGGUUGGCUCCAACCUCACAGCUUCUUCCUCGUCUCCUUACGCUUCCGUCGGCUCCACCGAGUCCAGCGAGCGCUGGGAGGUGGCCAUGCUGUCCCUGACCGUGCUGGCCGUCAUCAUGCUGCUGAUCCGGGAGCUGCAGCGUCUGUUCGUCAUCGGACCUCGCGCCUACCUCAGAGCUACCGAGAACGUGGUGGUGUGGCUCUGCUGCGCGGGCGCCGUGGCCUGUCUGGUGGCCGCCUACCACUCGCCGGCGCUGUUCCGACAGCUGAGCGCUGCCACGCUGCUCGUCUCCUGGGCCGAGCUGCUGUACCUGUUCGGCCUCUCCGAGCUCGCGUCCAUCCACGUGAUGACGUUGGUGACGCUGGUUCGCACCAUGGCGCUCUUCAUGAUGGUGUACGCGCUGGUGAUGUUGGCAUUUGCCAGCUGUUUCCUGGUGCUGUUUCAGGGUCAGGAGGAAUUCGGGAGCCCGGCUGAGACGUACAUCGCCACUCUUGUGAUGUCAAUCGGCGAGCUGAACUACGCUCCCGAGCGGUUGCGUGGCUCGGGGUUCGGCUACGUGGCCUACCUGUUCUUCAUCUUCUUCGUUCUCAUCAUCACAAUGAACGCCAUGAUCGGUCUGGCCGUGAACGACACGCGUCAUAUUGAGCAGCGCGCGAACGUGCGUCUGCACACCAAACACCUCGAGUACGUGCACCUGUUCGAGCAGCACCUGCAGGGCGGCUGCCGGCGGCUGUGGCUGCUGCUGCCGCGUGCCGAGCUCAGCCUGCUGACGCGCCUGCCGCCGCACGGACUCGAGGUGCGGCUGGGCGGCCGGCGCCAGGCGCGCUCGCUGCUACACCGCCUGCUCGGCGCCCUACGGCGCGUGCCCGUCCGCGAGGCGGAGCUGCUGCGGCUGGCGCGGUGGCUCAAGGACCGUCCGCGCCUGCUGGCGGCCGCCGCCGGUGUGGUGCUGGCCCGCAGGAGGCUGGAGGCCGAGCGGCAGCCGUCGCGGAGGACGGAGCCGCUGCCGGAGGAGCCGAACCCUGAGGAGGAGGAGGAGGAGGGGCGCGAGUGGGAGGAGCUGCGCAGGAACACGCUCGAGCUCAAGUGUGAUGUCGGCGAGCUGCGCGCGGAAGUAGCCCGGAUUGGGAGGAGUGUGCAGCUGGUUCUCGAUAUGCUGGAUCAGGCGAGGGCCAGUGAGGACAAGUAGCGACUUUAUUUACCUCAAUCAACAACAAUCCAUCGCAAUAAAAGUUAAAACCACCUGGAAUGUAAGGCGAUUUGGCAUGUAAAGUGGAGCAGAGGGGCUUACCUGUAACGUAAAUAGCCAGCUCUUCUAUUACCGCCGUGGGACAGAUUGGCACGUAAUGCUACCAGUUGGUGUGCUGAGGUCAGCACCGAUUCCAGAAGCUGUUGAAAAGUGCGCUAUGUGGAUACGUCACAUUGUUAAAUGCACGCAUGUC